GAGGCCUGCAUCCGGGUAGGGUGUCCCGGGACAGAGAACCCGCCGGGGGGACAAUGUAAGAGGGGAGCAAAGCCAUAGAAGUGGUCGAAGGGCACGAGCGGAGCGGACCCCGCAUAGGUAGAGCCGGGAGUCAAGUAGAGUCGUUGUCUCUGUCCCCCUGGUAAGCGUGAUGGCCAGGGGCCUCUGGGCCCCCCACUGGGUGGCUGUGGCUCUGCUGGCCUGGGCGGCUUCGGGGCUGCUGGUGGCCGGACACGGGGGUCAUGGUGACCCACACAAAGACGUAGAAGAGGAUUUCCAUGGCCACAGCCACGGGCACUCACAUGAGGAUUUCCACCAUGGACACAGCCAUGCCCACGGCCAUGGCCACACUCAUGAGAGCAUCUGGCACGGGCCUGCCCACAGCCACGAUCAUGAACAUUCGAAUGAGGACUUGCACCAUGGCCAUAGCCACGGCCACUCCCACCACUCCCAUGAUAGCCUCCACCACAGAGGACAUGGACAUGCCCAUGAACAUAGCCAUGGAGCCACUAAGGAGACUCGGGCUCCAGGCGCCAAACACCACCUGGACACUGUCACCCUUUGGGCCUAUGCACUGGGGGCCACAGUGCUCAUCUCCGCGGCUCCAUUCUUCGUGCUCUUCCUCAUCCCAGUGGAGUCAAACUCGCCCAGGCAUCGCUCUCUGCUCCAGAUCUUGCUCAGUUUUGCCUCUGGGGGCCUCCUGGGUGAUGCCUUCCUGCACCUUAUCCCUCACGCUCUGGAGCCGCAUUCUCACCACACUGUGCAGCAGCACGGACAUGGACACUCCCACAGUGGCCAGGGCCCCAUCCUCUCUGUGGGACUCUGGGUCCUCGGUGGGAUUGUCGCCUUCCUCGUGGUGGAGAAAUUUGUGAGACAUGUGAAAGGAGGGCACGGGCACAGUCACACACAUGGAAGCCAUGGACAUGGGAAACAGGAGUGUCCUGCAAAGGAAAAGCCCAGCUCAGAGGAAGAAGAAAAGGAAAUGGGGGGUUUGCGGAAAAGGAGAGGAGGAAAUGGCUCCAGGGAUGGGCCAGCGAAACCUCAGAAUCGGGAAGAAGAAAAAGAAGAAAAAGCAGGUUCAGACCUUCGUGUGUCUGGGUAUCUGAAUCUGGCUGCUGACCUGGCACACAACUUCACAGACGGCUUGGCCAUCGGUGCUUCCUUCCGUGGGGGCCGAGGACUAGGGAUCCUGACCACAAUGACAGUCUUGCUGCAUGAGGUGCCUCAUGAGGUCGGGGACUUUGCCAUCUUGGUCCAGUCUGGUUGCAGCAAAAAACAGGCAAUGCGUCUCCAGCUCCUGACCGCAGUAGGGGCACUGGCUGGCACAGCAUGUGCCCUUGUCACCGAAGGAGGGACAGUGGGCAGUGAAGUGGCAGGUGGGGCGGGUCCUGGCUGGGUUCUGCCAUUCACUGCAGGUGGUUUUAUCUAUGUAGCAACAGUGUCUGUGUUGCCUGAGCUGUUGAGAGAGGCAUCCCCAUUACAGUCACUUUUGGAGGUGCUGGGGCUCCUGGGAGGAGUUGUCAUGAUGGUACUGAUUGCCCACCUUGAGUGAGGGGUGGAGUAGUCUGUCCUACCCUGCCCUGAUUCUCCACCCCUACCUCCCAGAUAAAGACAGUUGGGAGCCCUGGCCAGUGUUACUUGCCAGAGGAAGGAGUUUUAACCUUGGAGGAUGAUGUCUGGUAUUUGGGGCCUUAAAGGUAUGACAGUCAACACAGAGUAUAAGAGGUCAGAGGGUCCAAAGUGUUGGACACUGCCCAACAGUAUUGUUGGUUUCGGAGGAAUGGGGCCAUGGAGAAGACUAGGGUGACAGUAGCAUAUCUGGUGGUCCCUACCCUACUUGUUUUCCCAUCAUCAACAUGCCACACAGGGUCCUCCAAGGUCCCUCUCCUUCUGAACUGGUUAGUGGUGGCUUGAGGGAAGGAGUGGGGUAGACAUCAAUCGUGUGUCCUGAUUUGGAAGUAGCAGGGUGGGAGAGUGCUCCUUGGUAAAAUCUCACAACCUGAUUUAGUUUUGUUUCUGUUCCUUUUAUAUCACUGUUUGAAUGGGUAGGGAGGAACGGUGACCCUAAAUAAAGUGCUUGGAUCUUCCACUUCA